UCUCGGAGGAUAAAAAACCCGUUGCGCUCAGUGCUGCAGGUAUCUUAGUGCUCGACUCAAACUGGUGCAAAGGAGGGAUGGCAGACUCUAACAGAACCAACAGCGAAAUUUCGCAUGUCUUCAGGGGAACGUUCGUUCACUCGACCCCGCAGACGGCUUUGGAAAUCCUGGAAGAUGCGCUCCUCGGAGUGGAUACAGAGGGGAAGAUUGCUUUCAUUGGAAAAGGUCUAGAGCUAGACAAGCUGUCUCAGACCUUUGGAUUUAGUGGGACUAACAUUACUCAACUAGCUCCACAUGAGUUCUUGAUGCCAGGACUUGUUGACACACACCAUGCAUCACAGUACAGCUAUGCUGGAACUGCCCUGGACAUGCCCCUACUGCAGUGGCUCAAUACCUACACCUUCCCUGUGGAGUCACAGUUUAAAGAUCUGGAAUUUGCCAAAAACUACACUCAAGUUGUGAGCCGGACCCUGAGAAAUGGUACAACCACUGCAUGCUACCACGCCACCAUACAUGAUGCUUCCCUUCUGCUGGCACAGAUUGCAAGUAUAUGACGUGGACAGCGUGCCUUGGUGGGUAAAGUCUGUAUGGACAGGAAUAAUUCAGUGAAACAUUACAAAGAAACCUGCCAGGAGUCUCAAGAGGAAACCUGUAGGUUCAUUGCAGAGCUCUUGAACAAAAAGUACCCUCGGGUGAAACCAGUGUGACUCCACGUGUUUGCUCCAUCCUGCACAGGAGCCUUAUUAGGACAGCUGGGAGUCGCUAAGAAUAACACCCUGCACAUACAGAGUCACAUCAGUGAAAACGGGGAAGUGAAGCUUGUAAAGGAGCUGUUUCCUGAAUCAGACUCUUACACACACAUCUACCACAAAUACAUGCUUACUGACAAGACAGUGAUGGCCCAUGGCUGCUACCUCACCGAUGAAGAGUUGACUUUGUUUAGAGAAACAGGAGCCUCUGUGUCCCAUUGUCCCAACUCCAACAUUUCGCUGUGCAGUGGAAUUCUAAACGUCCGAAACGUCUUGAAUCAAAAAGUGAAAUUGGGACUGGGAACAGGUGGGAGCACAUUUCACUUUAAGUAUUGCCAGACUGCUUUAGACAAAGUGUCUUACACUGUUAUGAGCAGUAAAAUAUUCUUGAUGAUUUGGAUACUUAAACAUGAAAAGAAUCGAUCUUUACAAGGAUAUUCAGCCUCCAUGCUGGAUGCUGUGAGAGAAGCUCUGGACUCGUCCAAAGUAUUGACCAUCCAGGACCCAGAACACGACACCCUCACCUUUGAGGAGUGUUCAGACUGGCCACACUGGGAGGCAAGCCAAGCCUUAUCCAUGGACGACCAGACAGGGAACUUUGAAGUGGGCAAAGACUUUGACGCUCUGAGAGUAAAUGUAGCUGCUCCAGAUGAACCCAUUGACCUGAUCCAGUGUGAUGGACCAAAGAUUCUUUUGGAGAAGUUCCUGAAUUUGGGUGAUGAUCGAAACAUAGUGGAGGUGUUUGUUGCUGGAAGAAAGGUGGUGCCAUUCACAGAGAAGACAAAAGAGGAGACACUUUGAUCUUCAACACACUUCUACUUGCCUAGAAUGAACUGGGAAAGCCAUCUGAAGGAGGACCUUCAGAAGUGAAACACAUCAAGAUACUAAAUAUGUGCAGCAUAUAAUCAGCUGGAAACACGUGAUUGCUGCAUGUAUUUUGCUGCAUACACACUUCUCAUUUGAUCCUGAGACAGAUGAGUAGAACAUGAAUCAUUGUCAUAAAAACAAUAACUUUACAGCCGAUCCAGAGGAUUUUUUUCUAAUUAGGUUCAGGGAGCUUGAGGCAACACUAUGGUCAGGUGUGCUCAUAUCACAUCUUCUCAAGUCUCCAUGCUUGGUAAUAGGAUUUUACAUAAACACAAGGGACUUGCUGUGAACCUUUCACUUUGACUGUUAAUUAUUGCAGAUAGUUAGUUUGUUGCAUAUCUGACAUCAGAACUGGCUAAAACAGAACCUUUGUAUUCUCUUUGUACAUUGUUGUAGAUUUUAUAAUUGUAUUUACUCUAUUUCUCCCUUUAGACAACCUAAAUUACAAAAAUGUAAAAAUGCUGGUACAAUAAAAGUACAGUAGACUCUGA